CCGUACCCGGAUUCAAGAAGUAAACACGGCUGCGAGUCAUGGAAACUGGCGGCGCGUCGCGGCCUUUGCACGUACUACUCACGGGUCCACCAGGCAUAGGUAAAACCACGGUUUGCAAAAAAAUUGCAUCUGCGCUGGAGAAGAAGGGCAGCGGGUUCGACGGAUUUUACACGGAGGAGGUGCGAGAUCGGAACGGCUCUAGGAUUGGUUUCGACAUCGUGGAAGUAAAGGAUCCUGGAAGAAGAUUAUCCUUGGCACGGUUAAAAAGCUUAACAGAGGCGCAAAAGGCUUCCAAGUAUCAAGUGGGAAACUACCGCGUUUUCCUGGAUAAUUUCGAGGCUGUAGCGCUUCCAAUAUUGGAUUUGGAUACUGAUGUAUUACUUGUCGACGAAAUCGGUAAAAUGGAGUUAUUUAGCAAAGAAUUCAAGAAGAAAGUAACAGACAUAUUUUUCGGUUCUUCUAAGAAAGCCUUCGUGAUCGGGACUAUCCCGCAAAUACACAAAGUGCCGCAACAACACGCGGCCUUAUUCGAGAAGUUACACGCAGACAAGAGAAUUAAGAUUCUGAACGUAACUCAUGGAAAUCGGAAUAAUUUGCCAGAGGAAAUUACUCGUUAUUUAUUAGUCGCGUAA